AUGUCGUCUGAGAAUGCACCUUCUUCGAACACAUCCCUUUGUGUCCAAACAUCCCCUCAUGCUAGGGCGAAGCGCAAGAUUGCCGCCCUCAUGGAGGAGGUCGAAAUUUUGAAGCAAGAUAAAGCGACAAAGCAAAGGAAGACGACCUAUUACGUUUCACAGGGACGAGCAAUUCGCCGGAUGGUGGUCCUUUACACUCCCAUAGAGGAUCUCAUUGCCGAAAAUGACCAGUGUUGUGAAGAAAACGCAGACAGCGACACCACUCCGGAGAACAGCCAAAACCGCCUCCAACAGUUGGAAGACAUGCUCAGAAAGCUCAAGCGGGGCGCAGAUUCAGCUCGUGGUGACGACACCGGAACUCUCAAAGAGCUCGUGGCGUCAUGGGUGAAUAUUGAGUGUAAUGCGACUCCCCUCAUUAGAGCGGACAACAAACAUCAUCGGGGUUUUGUGCACGAUGCAUGCGGUCAAUUACUUUGCCCAGCGGAAUGGCGCUGGGGAGAUCUGAUCAUCAGGGCUGGCAUUCGCGACCGUACAAUUUCCUUCAUCGUGUCUGAGAAUUCAUGGCCGGCAUUCAUGUACGAAGACUACCAAGCUGACGCCAAGAAUCUCAAAUGUGGUCUCUUCAAGUCGAAGCUGUUGGUUAUGGGGUUCAAAGCUAUCUUUACCUCUCCGUCCUCUGCCAACGAAGUGGAUGGCGACGGCGACGGCGCCAAUAUCAUUGAGAACGACCGUUGUGCCAGGAGACGAUCAGAUCAGGCUAAAGUGAAAACGUGUGUGGCUUCUAUCAUAGGUAUGAGGAAAGUCACUCCUCGUGCGAUCGCUUAUGCAACUUGCCAAAUCCAUUUUGCACUCUCUAAUAUCACGUCUUGGCGCACUGUAGACGGUGAUUUCGAUUAUCAAAUUUUCUGGGACAACAUCGUGGAUUUCUUCGAGGACGCCCCGGGUCCGGCGGCACAAGCCAGAGUUAGAGAGCUCCUUGAAUGGUGGACUAGAAAAGUUUUCGGCAGAAAUCAUCGGGAAGACUUGACGAUGGACGUUGUUUCCCGGAUGUCUGUGAGCGCACUUGCUGCGCAGAGACAAGAGAUGGAAGACGCCGUGUUUGACUCCGAAUAG